AUGGAUACUGGUAUUGUCUCUGAGCCACCCCUCUGGCGCCCGGUCGUUGAUGGAUAUAUUCUGCCCUCGGGUUAUGCCGAUACACUUCGCACCGGAUCGCAUAACGACAGACCUAUUAUGACUGGCGACAAUCUGAACGAAACUAGCUGGAGAGACAUGAACAUCACCACGUACAACUCUGCUUUUACAACCAUCGUGGGCAACAGCUCACAAGAGUUUUUCGGCGCGUACCCAGCCUCUAACGAGUCUGAAGCUACCGCCCAGGCCGCAGCCUUCGGCAACGACAUCAAUCGAUACACAACCUCGCAUUGGGCCAACGACUGGUGCAAGGGAAAUGCAAGCAAGGACGUCUUUGCUUACUCUUGGACGAAAAAACGAAAGAUCGGCAAUACGUGCUUUGCUCUACUUGCAGGAGUUAAUCUUCGAUGCCUCGAGGAAGGACGAGACUAUUUAUCCAGUCUCUAUGAAUGUCAGAGGAGUACAUAG